GGGCAGUGCGCGAGACCCGCUAUGAGAAGUUCCUGCGGCAGCACGUGGACUACCCUCGGAGGUCCACACUGGCGGCCCACCGCUACUGCGAGACCAUGCUGGCGCAGCGGGGGGUGACGGCCCCGGGGCGGCCCUGCAAGCCCUCCAACACCUUUGUGCACGCACCGAUCAACGAGCUGUUGGCUGCCUGCAGCCAGAAGCCUGACGCAAUGGGGAUCCACAGCACCCCGAGACCCCUGGACUUCACAGCCUGCCGCCUGCGAGGGGGGGACACCCGGCCCCCUUGCGCCUACCGGGCCCGGCAGCUCCAGCACCACGUGCUUGUCUCCUGCCUUGACGGGCUGCCUGUGCACCUCGCUGGCACCCAGGCGCCCCCUCAGUGA